CAGCGGCAAUAGCACGUUGCCUGAGAAGAGAACAGCAGAAAAAGCGAGUGAGCCAGAGGUGCUUCAGAGGGUAUGUGAGGCAAAGCGAGGAGGCAGAGCAGGGCCGCUUUAUCAGCGUGGGGAUCUCCAUGAACAUGAGAACAUCCCGGGAAGACAUGAAGCAGUCCCACUGACAUGGACAUGUGCUUGGAUACAAUUAAGAAACUACUUGUAAGUAGAGAUUUCUGAUGCUUCGGCUGCUGUCCAACUUGGCAGGAUCCCUCCCCUGAAUGGGAACUUUGCGCUUCUUCACCGCAUCUUUUAUUUGCAAGAGGUGCGCAAGCCGGAAUUCCUUUGCCUACCGGAACUAACGGCUGAAUUCAUCCAGUUUAUGUAUGAAAACGCAGUACUUGGCAUUAGCCCUGAUGGGUUAAUAAAAUCAGACGUUAUUCUUUCAAAUUGUGUCCGAAUAAUCUCCUUGCUCUUUGACAGCGGCUCCGGCACAGCGUUUCUUAGCCCGGCGCACGUGUGGCACAGCUCACCGUUAUGUUGCCUUUGUGAACGAAUCAUCUUGUGAGGGGGAGCAACAGCCGCCUCUCCCCCGCCCCCAACCCCUCCGCCCUUUUUUGGUAUUUUGAUGAGUUUACAAAAUAAGGAAAUGAAAGAGUGCGUGUGCAAACAGGACGUACAGCAGGCAGUCAACCAAGGGCCUCAGCCCGGUACCAACAUCAUCACUGAUUUGAAGUUGUGACUAGACCCCUGGAUAUCCUCUAUUUGCGUGGGCUUUCUUGAAUUAUGUUUGCACUGAUGUCUUGAUCCCAGUCGCCACACUAAUAAUAAUAACGAUAGUCAUAAUAUUUGGAAUGACAUCAACUGACAAUUCAAAGGCUGGCCCUUUUGUGACACUUGGAUUGAAAGCAACAGAUUGCUUACUCAUGUGCGCAGAACAGUUUGGAAAUAGAUCUUUAGCAGUGCUUGCAAGCUGCUGUACCUCGCAUGGAAACUAAUCAUCAUCAUCAUCAUCAUCAUCUUCAUAAUAAUAUCAAUAAACUAGUACGACGGAAAUAAACACAAGCACCACACUGUGUGUGUUAAAGUAUAUUUCUUAUUUUUUUAAGAGCAGCAAAGCAUUCUUCAGCAGUAUACAUUUUGGAGAUACCGCUACUUGAGAAGCCUUGCGUGUGGUCAUAUUGACACCGGCGGAAUUGUGGCACGUGGGCCCCUGAGAACAUUUGGAGCAGAAGAUUAAACGCAUACCAGUAAAAGUGGGCAUCCCCUAACGGGUAACUCGAUGAAUCUGAACCACGUUAAGUGCUUCCCCUUUUAUACAGCGGCACGUUGGUGUUAACCGCUCUUUGCAAAAGUUCAUUUUGUACAAUCGGUUUGUCCUGGGACCUGGUUUGUGUGCAUGCUCUGGCAGCAUCAAGUGCACUCGCAGCCUCAGCUGGUGAUGCGAUGCCCCGUAACCACAGCGGAGAUGAGGGUGGCUCUGGGCUCUGGAUGAAACCUUCCCCCGGACACCGCGUUCAAGUGUAUGGAAUGAAAGAUGUGGAGUCCGGCCGCAGGAUGAAAAAUUCCACCCGCACUGUGGACUUGUUGCCCCAGCUCACCGGCUCUUGCGCUGCAGGCACAGGUGCAGGGGGCUCUGAAAGUCUGCGAGCGAAGCAAGGAGCUCGGCUGAGUCUUCUCGGGAAGCCUUUGUCCUACAGUAACAGCCCCAGCGGCCGGAGAAACGUUCGGUACCGGAGACUGCAGAACUAUCUCUACAACGUUCUGGAGAGACCCCGGGGCUGGGCGUUCAUCUAUCACGCCUUUGUUUUUGUCCUGGUGUUUGGAUGUCUCGUCUUGUCUGUAUUUUCAACUAUCCCAGAAUACCAAGACCUCUCUUCUCAUUGCCUUCUCAUUUUGGAAUUUGUCAUGAUUGUAGUGUUUGGGCUGGAGUACAUCAUUCGGAUCUGGUCUGCUGGCUGCUGUUGCCGCUACAGAGGAUGGCAGGGCCGCCUUCGCUUUGCCAGAAAGCCGUUCUGCGUUAUAGAUAUCAUAGUCCUCAUUGCCUCGGUAGCAGUUGUGUCUGCUGGUAGCCAAGGCAAUAUCUUUGCCACGUCAGCACUGAGGAGUCUUCGAUUCCUGCAGAUUCUUCGAAUGGUGCGGAUGGACCGGAGAGGAGGGACAUGGAAGUUACUUGGUUCUGUUGUCUAUGCUCACAGUAAGGAGCUUGUUACAGCCUGGUACAUUGGGUUUCUGGUUCUGAUAUUUUCAUCAUUCCUUGUCUACCUUGUGGAAAAAGAAGCAAAUGCCCAGUUUUCUACUUAUGCAGAUGCUUUGUGGUGGGGCACGAUUACCCUUACCACAAUUGGCUAUGGUGACAAGACACCACACACAUGGAUGGGAAGGCUCCUGUCUGCUGGUUUUGCACUCCUUGGAAUUUCAUUUUUUGCUCUCCCAGCUGGAAUUCUGGGAUCAGGUUUUGCUUUGAAGGUGCAAGAACAACAUCGUCAGAAGCAUUUUGAAAAAAGAAGAAAUCCUGCAGCAAGCUUGAUACAAUGUGUAUGGCGUAGUUAUGCGGCUGAUGAGAACUCAGUUUCCAUUGCUACCUGGAAGCCUCAUUUGAAGGCCUUGCAUACCUGCAGCCCUACAAAGAAAGACCAAGGCGAGGCUUCAAGCAGUAAGCUUCUUAGUAAUAAACAGAAGCUGUUCAGGAUGUACACAUCACGGAAACAUAGCAAUAAGUUAAGUUUCAAAGAACGAGUGCGAAUGGCAAGCCCUAGAGGCCAGAGUAUUAAGAACAGGCAAACGUCACUUGGAGAUCGACGGUCGCCCAGCACUGACAUCACAGCUGAAGGUAGCCCAGCCAAGGUUCAAAAGAGCUGGAGUUUUAAUGACAGAACCCGGUUUAGACCAUCCUUGAGGUUGAAGAGUCAGUCUCGCAGCACAACUGAUGCUGACACCAAUCUGGGAACGGAUGAUGGAUUUGAUGAGAAAGGAUGUCAUUGUGAUGUAUCAGUGGAGGAUCUCACCCCAGCUCUUAAAACUGUCAUUAGAGCUAUCAGAAUAAUGAAAUUUCAUGUUGCAAAAAGAAAAUUUAAAGAAACGCUGAGGCCUUAUGAUGUAAAGGAUGUGAUUGAGCAGUAUUCUGCAGGCCAUCUAGACAUGCUCUGUAGAAUCAAAAGCCUCCAAACCAGGUUGGAUGCCAUUGUGGGCCCACAGCCUCCACUGAACGCCAAACUCAAGACUUUUUCUUCCCCCUCUCUGCAUUUAUAUUACAGUCAACAUGGCAGAAAGCAGUCCACACCAGGGGUGGAUCAAAUCCUUGGCAAAGGGCAAAUCCCAGCUGAUAAAAAAAACAGAGAAAAAAUUCCCCCAGAGAAUGAGGCAGUUGAAGACCUCAGCAUGCUUGGACGUGUCUGCAAAGUAGAAAAGCAGGUACAAUCUAUUGAAACCAAGUUGGACUCGCUCCUGGAAAUUUACAGACAAGUCUUAAGAAAAGGGUCAGCUUCUGCUUUCACGCUGGCCUCUCUGCAGACACCUCUAUUUGAGUUUGACCAAACAUCUGACUAUCAAAGCUCUGUAGACAGUAAGGAGAUGCCAAAUUCAGCUCAGCUCAGUGGAUGUGUGUCUCGAUCUGCCAGUGCAAACCUACCAAGAGGUCUGCAGCGAAUUCUGUCGCCAAAUGAACUGAACAAUACAGCUUAUUACUCUUUUUCACCAACUAUGCAUGGAUUUCCCACACAGGUGCAGUUGAGCCAGAAUGAAGGGGCUGUCCCUGUCUCCACUCCCAACAAUUUAUCAAGCCAAAUAACUCAGCCAUCUAAGCCAGCAGCUCCAACUACUUUACAGAUCCCCUCUCUGACAUCACUCAAUCAUAACAAUAGGUCUGUAAAUAUUAUUCCCGUCACAACACAAGAGAGUGUUGAUGAUGUCACCUCUUGCCUUGUUGCUUCAACAGAUAGUGGACAGGUUGGAAAACCAAAUGCAAAAGAGGAAGGUUCAUGGAGAAGACACCUUGAACUGGAAAAGGAUGCAUUGGUUUCCAUGUCCCCCGUGAAUGAAAGGGAGCUAGAAAAGUCUCUCUCUGUGCAAAACCUAAUGCAGUCGACAGAGGAGCUAAACACACAGCUCUCAAGUAGUGAGUCAAAUGGAUCUAGAGGAAGUCAGGAACUCUACCCAGACUGGAAGGGGUCCAAGCUGUUCAUAUCAGACAAGGAACUGGACACAGAAAAAGAAGCUGAGAGUUUUGAGUUUCUUUCCUAACCCACCAUAGAAACAAUACUCUCCACACAGACUGGAACUGGAAGAUCAUCUCAGAGUACUGGCAGAGACAGGGACACUUCGGAUUCCCUCAGCCUGCCACAUGUCCUGCUAAAUACACACAGGUUUUGUUUGCAGACUUCCUUUACUCAUACAUAUCAUUGCAUGUAUAAUUCUGAAAAGAAAACAGAAAAAGUAUAAAUUCUUUGAAAUCAGAAAAAUGUGCAAGAAUCUGAAAGAAUAAGAAAGGCAGUUGUAUGAGCCCAUAUUCUCUUAGCUGCAUGUAAAGUGCAUGUUUUCAAAUAAAAGUAUUAUACACAGAUUGAGCCCUUCCAAAUAGCAGUGGCACAUGGAAACUCUAAACGGCAGUAAACGUUUUGCUAAUCAAACAGGGAUAUGCCAGAUCUAAUAAUUGGACUAACGUAAACCAAUGCUCAUGAUUGGCUACAUCCAACUCUAAAGAACAUUACUAUUUUACUUGGGCAAUGACCGUAGCUGGGUAAUAAAUGAUGUUUACACUUAUAAAUACCUUAAGUCCAGCUGCUAUUAGCAAAGGAUCGAGGAAAACAAAUAUUCAAAUAGUAUGGCUGCUACAAACAAAAUGCAUUAGGUCAUUAUUGAUCUGUCAAUGGUUAUAUUUCUUUUGAAUGUUCAUUUCUGUAUAUUUUUGUAAAUCAGAGUUGCAUAUAACACAGCACUUUCAAGUCGUCCUCGAGAAACAUGCUUUUUUAGUACAAAACUUUUGAAUUUGUUACACAGCCUUCAAGAGGAACUUACUGCAGUCUUAACUGAGGUGAAAUGCUUUGAAUUGUUUUGAAAAGGACUCAAAACUGGUGUAAUCUCCCCUUUUAAUUACCAAACUUUCUGUUCUUAAAAUAUUCAUGUGUGUUACACAGCAGCUUUGCAAAGUUAAUGACAUGUAGAAUGUCUAUACUUUUAUUAUCAUAUGUAUGAGAGUACAGAUUCCAAGUUAUAGUGGGCUGUAGUUGACGCAUAAGAAAAGAUUGCAGGAAAGCUGUCUUGAAGCACAAUUUGCUAGACGUACCGAGUGUACCAAAAGAGACAACGGUGCAUAUAAGUUUUCUAAUGAUCUGCUAUGAACUGUGUACUGUGUUUACAAAGCCAUCUUACGACCCCCCCUGCCCCAACAUAAAUCCAGAAGAUUCCCAGGCUGGUGAAAGCAGUACAAUAAUCUCAGAACUGCAAACUUUUACAUACCGUGGAUGUUGCAAAGAUUCAGAUGAACUUGAAUUUUUACAUUUAACCAAACAGUUCAUAAAACUGAAGUAACACACAGUACAUGAUGUAAUUACUAAUUUAUUUUCCUUAUUUUAACAAAUAUGCUUUUACAGUGCCUUUUUUUGCAUAUUAUUUUUGUUAAUUAAACUGUUACAGGUCGGCAUUUGACUCCAGUAACUUGGACUUGGCUUCAUGAACUGUGAUAUCAAUCAAUCUGUUAUGUGUUAGGAAAUACUUUUUAUUUUAUUUUUUUUCUAGCAAUCCUAAACCAACAAGUGUUUGUUAAUCUUGAUACACAUGUAAUGAUUUAUUUGGUAAUUUGUUAUACAGAACUGGCCUUAACUUACAUGCUUGAGAAUGAGAAGGUUCUGUUUAGUUGUAUCUAAUUUAUUUCAAACCUUUGUGCACAUAACAGAAAGAUUCCAAAAACUGUAAGACAAAAUGCAAAAUGACCUUUUUUCUCAUACUUCAAUAAACAAGAAAAAAUAAAA